AUGGGCACAAUGGGUGACGAGGAGACUUCUAUCAGUGUGGAAGAAAACAUGCGAAUGAAGGGGUGGAAUCAGCUGAAGACCAUCGCUUUUAUAGAUUUUCCAGGGACUGCAAGCGAUCCCCGUGUUUUCCCACGGGAAAUAAGGAACACGGCCGAGUUGGUUCUGGUAGAAAAUGCGGAUGAUCCUGUUCAUGGUAAGUGUCCAUCAGGGAGAGCCGGUCUAUGA